UGUGUGUGUGUGUUCGCGUUGCCACCUCCAUCCCUGCCUGUCCGCUUGCCUGUAGCAGCCCUCACCUCCACCACUGCCACUCCUGCUGUCCACCACUGCUGUGACUGGAGGGGAGUCAUAGCAACAGGGCAUCCUUCUGUUCUUCUUAAACAUGUUUCGAAACCCAUGGAUAUCUAGUUACCAUGUGGACCAUGUGGAGCCCUGUGGCCAAGGAAUUAGCUCUAAAGCUCCCACCAAGCUCAGCAGCUCAGCCUCAUUACCAACAGACACUUUAAGUUUUCAGAGUGACUUCUCCUUAAGUGGCAAGACCACCUUGGUCAAGAGUGUUUCAGACACAGAUGCCAAACUUCUGUCUGCCCUUCCCAAAGUGUCAGAGUUAAAGAAAUACUUCGAGGGGGCUGUCACAAAGGAUUUGGGAAUGAACAGAAAGGAGAGGAUAGCCCGGCGCCUGGAGGGGAUUGAAAGCGACGCUCCGCCUGCGCUGGUGCCCGGUGGUUUGGUAGCCAACAGAAUGCUGGAGGAGGAUCCUCCGCGGUACACCCGCGCCUCUGAUCCCUGUGAGCCUUGUGUGAUGGUGAGACGCUACAGUCGAGAGGAGCUGGAGGCACCCCAGAAGCAGGUGUCAUCUCAUGACAGAUCAUCCCAGGUCAAAAGCAGUGUUGGCAGUGGUCGUCCAGAGCCAGUGGUGGUGUAUGUUGACCCAGUAACGUUAUCCACUGCCUCUACACCAACAUCUGGCCCCACAGACCCCACCAGCCUCAGCUCCAAGGCUGAACGCAUCGCACGCUACAAAGCCGAGCGUCGGCGCCAGCUGUCAGAGCGCUAUGGCAUCCUCCUUGAUCAGGAGGCAGACAUCGAUUACACACCACGCUACCGUUCCCGGCGUGAUACAGACGUCUCUGACCGACAAAUGACUGCCCGGCGAGACAGAGACAGUCAGCAAGCUGAGGAACCCGGACGGGGGGCCAGAGUGCCGUACCGCUCUGGUGUGGGCAGAGUUUACAUGAGGACUCACCCCGACCCUGCUGCCGUUUCCACUUCCAGCCCUGCUCACUCAAACCAGGCCCCUCCCCUAACUCAAGAAAGGCCGAGAGGAUUCUCGGAGCAGGAAAGGGUGAAGAACAUGGAGAACUACCGGCGUGGUGGAGCUCAAGAGCGCUCAAUCACUUCUAGAACCAGAACUCACGAGCAGCAUCCAUCCCAGUCCCAGCAGCAGCAGCAGCACCACCACCACCAGGACAACGCCCAUCAGGAGCCAAGCCCCGCCUCCACCAGGGAUUACAGCAUCGCAGCGGUGCCCAGCUCCCCUCGCACCGCCCGCCGCGCCUCACUGCCCUCCACACGCUAUGGCAUCUCACCUGGGGAUUUAUUCAUCGAGCAGCAGGCCCAGAGCAUCCUCAACAGGCAGGGAAUCAGAGUAAAGGAACGAUUGUCGAGGGAUGAAACUAUCCAGAGGCCUCCUGACUGGAGUCCAGACAGACACCAGGCUAAUAGGCACCGUACGCAGGGGAACACUGCUCAGUAUACGCCACAGCGAUCAGAACACAGCCAUCAAAGGACUGUUUCCCAGCCUCAGCCCAGCCCGGGUCACCAUCCUGCCCAAGGCCAAACAGCCCAUCCUCCCUCUGCUCCUGAGUACCAGCAUCCUGGUCCUGCUGUGGAAUCCCAGCCCUAUUUAGCCAUCCCUGCCCCAGUUGCCACUGCCAAACUUCCUGGACCUCCUGAGGUACAACCACGCAGGAGAGUGAGUGCUGACCAAAUCUAUGCUUCCCACAGGGAAGCAAGAUUAGAGGCCAGGCAGGCCCUAAAAGAAGAGGCCCAGACAGAGGGCCUGCUCAAGAGCAGGAAAGCUGUUUUGCCCUCAGAGAUCCGCCGGAGAGAAAGGAGCGUGGAUGAUACUCAUAGGGGCCGGCACGAAGACAUGGACUGGCAGAACUACAGCCCAGAAUGGAGGAGGAGGAGUCAAGGUGAGGAGGACUGGGAUCGAGAUAGACCAAGGGAGAGGGGAAGGGAGAGAAAUGUUGAGAGGAUCAGAGAAAGAGGGAGAGAGCAUCUCUCUAGCCAUGACGGCCAAGAUGAGAGAGUAUAUAGAUCUUUGCAGCCUCCCCAUACUUCACAUGUUCACAUGCAGCCCAGGCAGCAUCAGCCCUCUGAACCUGUGUACCAUCAAGAGCCUCGAAUUCUGCAGCAAGAGCCUCCAAUGCAACAACAGCAUGAUCCCAAAAACAGUCAACAUGAUGCUCAAAUUCAACAGCAAGAUCCUCAAAGGCAUCAUCCAAAUGACCACUCAAGACAGCCACAAGAGCCUCUCAGACCACAACAGUCUCAACGACAGCAGGAGUAUGAACCCCAAAGGCAAGAGCCUCCAAGUCAGCAGCAAGCCUCCCAGAGAAAACAACUACAGCCCAAACUAGAUGAAGACUCCAAGUCUCAGAGACAGCAGCAGCUACAUGAUCCAUUUGCGCACCAGAGGUUUGACUCAGCCGUCUACCUCCACAAGGGCUCCUCUUUGCCUCAAGUAAAACAGAGAAGCAUGGAGAUAAGCGGUGGGCCCAAACCCAAGAUACGAACCCGCUCCAAGUCAGAUAUAGGUCUCAGUGAGCAUUCUGCCAUGUACCGCAUGGAGAGGGCAGCCAGCAGAGAGACACUGAGGGCCGCUCCUUCAUCAGGGGUGGCUAAUGGGGAGAUGGGCACCCUGGACACCAGAGUGUCAGUGGCACAACUGCGACACUCCUAUCUGGAAAAUGCCAACCGGAAACCUGAGCUAAGCGAGACUGCUAAAGUAGAUCUGUCAGCAGUGGAGGUAGAUCCGGCUAGCAGCAGUGAUCGGGACAGGGGUACCCGGAGGCCUCGACGCUACAUCACUCCAGGAGACAGUCGCAUGUCGGAGAGAUUUAGGACUCAGCCCAUCACCUCUGCAGAGCGGCUGGAGUCAGAUAGGUCUCGUCUGAGCCCAUCACAGUUACAGGAGCCUGAAGAUGAGGAAAAACUGGAUGACAGAGCCAAGAUGAGUGUGGCUGCCAAGAGGUCUCUCUUCAGGGAGCUGGAAAGGACAUCAGAUGUUCCCAAACCUCGCUCUAGAAACGCUGCCAUAGAAAGACGUCUAAGAAGAGUUCAGGAUCGCUCACACACACAGCCUGUCACCAACAAGGAGGUGGUCAAUGCGUCAAGUGAUCCUACUACAUCAUCACAAACUCUGGGCUUCCACACUAAUGCAGCUAGCGACCCCAGCCCCACUGUAGUCAGCACCAGCUUCAGCAUCCAGGCCUCCUCCCAGCCAAGUAUAGGAGUCCAGGAUCAGGAGAGGGAGACCAAGGAGCACCAGAAACCAGCUCAAGCUCCCAGUUCUGGUGUGGAGGAAGGUGGCCAGGACCCUUUCUCCGACGAGCCUGACCUGUCCACCCUCAGCCUGAGUGAGAAGAUGGCCCUUUUCAACCGCCUCUCUCAUACUACAGGCAAGACCACCGAGGGAGGGCGAGGAGACAGCCGCCAACGUAGGGCCAACGCUCGGUUUCAGACUCAACCUAUUACCCAGGGAGAGGUGGCGCAGGAAGCGGAGCCCUCUGCGGUGUGUAACGGUGACUUAGAAGCCAAUCAGAGAGAACACCUGAAAAAUGGAGGUGAGAUCAAACUGGAGCCCCUGUCAGCCUCCCUCGUCCGCUCUGUUGCAGCCGUCACCUCCCAAGCCUCCGUCACUGCUGUAACCAUCACGCCAGGAAGCAGCGGCGACAAUGACGCUGUCCGUUCAGGAAAGUCCACUGCCAUCCCUUACAUCCCUGCCCAACAACAGACUUCCAGCAGCACAAACAGCCACCAGGAGAGGGCGUUGAGGUAUUUCUCUAUGACCCAGAGCGGGGACCCUGUCCACCCUGAGCCUGAGCUCAACUCCUCCCCUCUCCUCCCAGAGAGCCAAGAGAGAGUGGGGGCUCCUCUUCCUCCCACCACCUCUGCUGGUCACAGGCAGCAGGGGGAGGUGGCGGAGGAGGGCAGGAGAGAGCGUCAUAAAGAGGAGGUUAGGGGGAGACAGCAGGGAGGAGCCAGAGAAGACAGCCAAGACGGCAGCAUCAAGGGAAAGUCUCACUCCCCCGACAGGGACCGGGACAGCAGGCAGCGGCAGCAGCAUCUCCAGUCCCAGCACUCUGCCGAGCCUCUGCCCAGCUGGAGAGCCGCAGACGGAGACUCCCAGGAGAGUAGGCAGAGAGCAGAGGGAGGAGGAAGAGGAAGAGGAGGCUACCUGAGAGAGGCAGCUCACAGCUCCUCCACACAGGAACAGGAGAGGAGCAUCGGUCGGAGCCAGACUGGCAACUCAGACCUGCCGGAUCAUCCUGCACCACUGAGGCCACUGAUAGCUAAAGUGUCAUCCAGGACAGUGUCUCACGUUUCAAGCAGCCAACAGCAGCGGCAAUCCAACAUCCAGCCACCUCAGACUCUUCCUAAACCUUUCACGCAGCAGCCUCCUCCAACCCUACCCAAACCUUCAUCAGACAUCCAGCACCAGCCGCACUCCCAGCCUCCACCGACAUACCCCAAACCUUUCACUCAGUCCCCACAAAACCAUCCAAAACCUCAGAGAUUCGUCCAGCCUCUCCCAAAGCCUUACCCACAAACAGCACCCCAGGCUCAGCCCAAACCCCAGGUGCCUCCACAGACACCUCCCAAACCCCAGUCUUUCCCCCAGGCGCUGAUCAAGUCCCAGUCCCUGCCCUUGGACCACAGCGAGGACUUCAGCAAGCACAGCGUCCAUUCUGGAGACCUGCUGUCCCCCACAGAUUCUGGAGAACAACUGUCUGACGGCAUGUCCUCUAAACAGAUGUCCAUCAAGGAGAGAGUGGCACUGCUGAAGAAGAGUGGCGAGGAGGACUGGAGGAACCGGAUCAACAAGAAACAGGAAGUGGUUAAGGUGGCGUCCACCGAGGAGCAGGGUCAGCUGUGGGAGACAGAGCAGAAGAAGGAGGAAGGGGUGGUUGUUCAAGACUACUCUGCUGUGUCUGUGUCAGUGUCUGAACAGCUGUGGGAACCUGUUUUCUCUUCCACCUAUUCUCCUCCUAUCUCCCUUGGUCAAAAGUGUCAGUAUAUUGACCAUCAUAGUCAGAAGGCGGGAGAGGAGAUCGAGGCCAAGAUGACCAUUGAGGAGAGGAAACAGAUGAUUUCAGUCCGUGAGGAUUCCUGGAAGACAAAGGGCAAAGGAGCGGCCAAUGAUUCUACCCAAUACACUGUGGCUGCACGUAUGGUCAAGAAAGGCCUGGCAGCCUCCUCCUCAGUUAUCAGUCCCAUACUGUCACCAGUCUCCACCAAACUCAAGAGCAGCUCGCCUGCUGUCAACAAACCACAAGACGAAAUUGAGGCCAGACCAGACAUGGAAUCUGAUAAGAAACUAGACAAGUUGGAGAGCUUCUUGGGACGUCUGAAUAGCAAAGUGGCAGGUCUCCAGGAAACCACCAUAACAGUUACUGAGAAGGCAGUGAAGGAAGUGAUGAAGCUGGAUGAUGAAAUCUUCUCCAAGUUCUACAGACGCGUUGCUGAAUUUCCACGCAUGCCCACCAGGAUCGAGAUUAACGAGGAUUUUGACACCAUAUUCGGUUCUCAGGCUCCAAAGUUGACCUCAGCCAUGGUGCAGCAUAAGCGCUCGGUGCGUCCAUCCAGGAACGUCCAGUCAUCCAGAAACCCUCUGAAGAUGCUGGCAGCCAGAGAAGACAUCAGACACGAGUACACUGAGGAGAGACUGAAUGUGGCACAGCUGGAGAGCAAGAGGAUGAAGGCUGAGAAGAUAAAUAAAACCUCUGAGUACUCCGACGCUGCUCUGGCAGGUCUGGCCAGUAAAGAGAACUUCAGCAGCGUGAGUCUGCGCAGCGUCAACAUCUCUGAGCAGAUGUCCAACAACAGUGCCGUGCCCUACAAGAACCUCAUGUUGAUGCAGAUCAAAGGUCGUCGUCAUGUUCAGACCAGAUUAGUGGAGCCAAGAGCAUCAUCUCUGAACAGUGGCGACAGUUUCCUGUUGGUCACUCCAGAGCACUGCAUCGUCUGGAUUGGAGAGUUCUCAAACGUUAUUGAAAAGGCUAAGGCAAUAGAUUUAGCCACCUUCAUCCAGACGAAGAAGGACAUGGGCUGCAGGGCGAGCCAGGUGCUGACCAUCGAGGAAGGGGUGAACCCACAGGGUCCAGAUACCCAGCAGUUCUGGACAAUCCUAGGAGGACAGACUGCUUAUCAACCGGCAGGUCCACCAGAGGAGGAUGAGCAGUUUGAGAAUGCCAUUGUGGAAACCAACUGUAUCUUCAGACUGCUGGAUGACAAACUAGUCCCUGAUGAUGACGAGUGGGGGAAGGUCCCACGCAGCUCUCUGCUUGAAGCCAAGGAGGUGUUGGUGUUUGACUUUGGCAGUGAGGUGUACGUGUGGCAUGGUAAAGAGGUGACUCUGGCCCAGAGGAAAGUGGCUUUCCAGCUCGCCAAACACCUUUGGAAUGGGAUGUUUGACUACACCUGUUGUGACGUCAACCCGCUGGACCCUGGAGGCUGCAACACACUCAUACCCAGGAAGGGCCAGGGCCGCCCCGAUUGGGCGAUAUUCGGCAGGCUGACAGAGCACAAUGAGACAAUCUUGUUCAAGGAGAAGUUUAUGGACUGGACUGAAGUGAAGCUGCCAUCACCAAAGGAAGUCUGCGAGCUCAUACCUGAGCAGAAGGAGGCCCCGGGGCGAGAAUGCCGACCUUACAAUGCCACCCUGAUGCUGCCAGUCCUCCAGUCAUCCAUUUCCACCAUCCUGGACGGGGUAAAUGUCGGUCGAGGCUACGGCCCGGUGGAGACUGAGGAUCACAUGAGGACUCAGGAGAUCAGCACAGUGUCAGUGGACGUCUGGCACAUCCUGGAGUUCGACUACAGUCGUCUGCCACGGCAGAGCAUCGGCCAGUUCCAUGAGGGCGACGCCUACGUAGUCAAGUGGAAGUACAUGGUCAGCACCUCAGUUGGUCGUAGGCAGAACCCUGAGGUGAGGAGCACCGGGCCGGGGAAGGAGAAGUGCUGCUACUUCUUCUGGCAGGGUCGACACUCUACCGUCAGCGAGAAGGGGACAUCAGCGUUGAUGACGGUGGAGCUGGACGAAGAAAGAGGAGCUCAGGUUCAGGUGCAGCAAGGAAAGGAGCCUCCAUGUUUCUUACAGUGCUUCAAUGGAGGGAUGAUCCUCCACGCUGGCAAGAGGGAGGAGGAAGAGGAGAACACUCAGAGUGAGUGGCGUCUGUACUGUGUGCGGGGCGAGGUGCCGGUGGAGGGCCACCUGCUGGAGGUGGCCUGUCACUGCAGCAGCCUGCGUUCCAGAGCCUCUAUGAUCCUGCUCAACAUCAACAAGGCCAUCAUCUACCUGUGGCACGGCUGCAAGACGCAGCUACACACCCGCAGUGUUGGAAACACAGCCGCACUCAAGAUCAAAGAACAGUGUCCACUGGAGGCCGGUCUUCACAGCAGCAGUAAGGUGACCAUCCAUGAGUGUGAUGAGGGAGUGGAGCCUCCAGGCUUCUGGGAGGCUCUGGGGAGAAAAGACAGGAAGGCCUAUGACUGUAUGCUGCAAGAUCCAGGUAAAUUCAACUUCACCCCAAGGCUUUUCCAGCUGAGCAGCACAUCCGGAGAGUUUGUAGCGAGCGAGUUCUUCCACCCGUCCAGAGCUCCAGACCUGGUCAGCUCUCUGCCCUUCCUGCAGGAAGACCUGUACAAUGCACCACAACCUGCAUUGUUCCUGGUGGAUAACUUCCAUGAGGUUUACCUGUGGCAAGGCUGGUGGCCUCAGGACAGUGAGAGCACUGGCUCAGCUCGAAUCCGCUGGGAUGCAGACAGGAAGUGUGCCAUGGAGACCGUGCUGCAGUACUGUAAAGAGAAGAACGAGAAGAAGCCUCAGAAGUCGUAUCUGAUCCACGCUGGUCUGGAGCCGCUCACCUUCACCAACAUGUUUCCGAGCUGGGAGCACAGAGAGGACGUGGCUGAGAUCACCGAGAGGGAGGCGGAGGUGUGUAACCAGAUCAUCCUGGUGGAAGACGUGUUGGCCCGGCUCUGUCAGAACACCUUCCCUCUGGCCCAGCUGCAGGCCCGUCCACUCCCAGAGGGAGUCGACCCGCUCCGCCUGGAGAUCUACCUGUCCGACCAGGACUUUGAGACAAAGUUGUAGGUGGAUUCAGAAAGCUUUGGAAAUGAAGAGAGAGGAAUACGAAAGUUUACCAGGGUGGAAGCAAGUGAAUUUAAAGAAGGCCAAAGGACUGUUUUAAGGAAGUUUUCAAUCGAAGAUGGUACGUGAAGCGAAUAAAAAGGGGACAGUUGAGACGAAGACAGGAAAUACAACGCAAACCUUGUUUUUGUGGUAACAUGCAAGGACAUUGGGAGAGAAAUUUAAAAUGUCUGAAUCUUAAGAAAAUGAAGAUGAAGGAUGAGACUGGAGAUGCACUCGCCUUGCUUAUAGUCAUGUUUAACCUUUCAUCUUUGUUAUUACAUAAUUAAAUUAAAUUCAGUCGGUUAAGAGAAGGUGAAAACACCUCGCUUUGGUUCGUACUUGGUGUUUGCAAAGUCACCGCUCAUGAACUUGAAGACAAUGUGCACACUAGGACGCUUGGUGUCAGAGUGCCAUGCUAUGGUUGUGUAUGUGUGUGUGCGAUUGUAUAUAAUGUUUGUGUGUGUGUGUGUGUGUGUGUGUGUGUGUGUGUGUGUGUGUGUAAUGUUUAUAUGUUUACGUGUGUAGGUGCGUCUGUGACUUUGUAUCUAUGUAAAAACAAAUCCUGUUACGUCAGAUGUUGUGAGGAAACUUGUUUUUUUCUUUUUUGUCUACAGUGUCUGAAUGCUGUCAGGCCACGUAGGGAACUCAUGUUGCUCGAUCUCGUUUGAAACUGCUGAAGUGACUCUGACUCGCUGAGAGCAGAGAUGUACGAGUUGUAAUUUAAAGGUUUGAGAAGCAGCAGCUUGAUGAAUCUGAUUGUAUAGUGCCUUGCUUUUUGUGUACAGUUUAUAUACAGAAAUUCUAGUCUGCAUUUUUAAAGACUUUCUUUGUGAUAUAAGACAUAGUGUAUUAAAUCACAAUAAUGCUCAACUCAAA